CCUCUACCUAUCUGGAGGUUUACAUAGAUGCUAGGAAAGUCACGUUUUUGUUACUUUGCUUCUUAAAUAUCCUACCCGGCGUGUCUGUAUCAACGUUGAAUUCCAAACACUUAAGAUUUCUGUUCACCGGUGACUAGUGACAGAAGAAAAUAAUUAAGAUCAAUCAGAAAUGAAUUGUUUUCGCUUAGAUGACUUCCUUGCCGGGUGGAUUGGAGGAGCUUCCAGUGUUAUUGUCGGUCAUCCGCUGGACACAGUCAAGACUCGUCUGCAAGCUGGGACAGGAUACAAGAACACCCUUCACUGUGUCCUCCAAAUCUACAGAAAGGAAACUGUUGCUGGCUUCUUCAAGGGUCUCUCCUUCCCGCUGGCCAGCAUCACCGUGUAUAACUCAGUGGUGUUUGGGUUCUUCAACAACACACAGAGGGUUAUAAGCAAGUUCCGCCAUGGUGACGAGAGGCAGCCGUGUGGCAUGUUGGACCUGACCCUGGCCAGCAUGUUGACAGGGCUGAUGUCAGUGGGACUCGGCGCUCCGGUCGACCUGGUUAAGAUCAGACUGCAGAUGCAGACUCUGCCCUGUUUAGCAGAGAACCUGAACCUUGCCGGGACGACCGGAAACGGGAACGGUAACAUCGCUGUGCGCUCCGUGUCUCUCCAGGGCCAGCCGACCUACAGAGGGCCCAUCCACUGCAUCUGCUCCAUACUGCAGACUGAGGGGAUCCGGGGGCUUUACAGAGGGGCCGGGGCCAUGGUCCUGAGAGACGUCCCUGGGUACACGCUGUACUUCAUCCCCUACGCGUUGUUCCGUCGCUGGCUAUCCUCUGAAGGGAGGUCAUCACCUCAUCCCUGUUCUGUAUGGGUGUCUGGAGGACUGGCAGGUUCUAUCUCGUGGGUCACAGCUACUCCAGCUGACGUGGUGAAGAGCAGACUACAGUCUGACGCCCUCCACACAAGGAAAUACAGAGGGAUUGUACACUGCAUCGUCCAGAGCUACAAGACCGAGGGGAUGCAUGUCUUCUUCCGCGGAGCCUCAGUGAAUGCUAUCCGAGGCUUCCCCAUGAGUGCCACCAUGUUUCUGGGCUAUGAACUCUCUCUGCAGUUCUUCAGGGGUCUCUAGUAUCUACACCAGGAAUAUGAUGCAGUAUGUCCACUGAAUGACACAUCAUCCUGACAGCUAUCCUCUUGUCCUUGAACGCCCCCCAAAAGGUUUUCACCUGGAAGAUCAUUUAAAGCCUUGCAGAAAGAAAGUGGGGAGCGACUUGACAUUUUCUAGUUGAGAAUUAUCUCCACUAUUGCCAUAAUACAAUGUAUUUGUAAAGUGUAAAUACUAAUUUCUUAUGUUAAGAAAAUAUCUUAUUAAGUGCCAUACAUGAAUUCACAAAUGCAUACAUUUUAAAUAUGUUGUGCUAUAAUAUAGAGUAAACAUACAGUUGGUAUGUUUCAUGUUUUUAACUGUACUGCAUAAAUUAACUAGUUUUUAGUACCCAACAGUCAACCAGUUCUAACCUCAGUGAUGAUGCGCACAUUAAUCAAAAUAUUAUAUGUUGGUGCCAGGCUUUUAAGUAGUGUUUUUUUUUUAAAGUGUUUUAUCUUUGUAAAUAAGGUUGAGAGAAAUUAAAUGUAAUUCCACAAGGAGGUGUAUUUUUAUUUUUAUUUUUUCAUAAUUUGUACUUAAGGUUAUUUUAAUGUUUAUUUGUACUUAAGGUUAUUUUAAUGUUUAUUUGUACUUAAGGUUAUUUUAAUGUGAGUUUAUUUGGAAUUCUUGUUAUACUGUUUCUGUACAGUUUUACUUGGAAAACCUAAUAAACGUAUUGUUAAAAUCUAA